AUGAGAAUCUGGGGAACGGGUUGGGCAACGGCACACCGACGUUUGGGGCAUGUGGCAAUGCCUGUGUUGAAGCGGCUGGAGAAGGAUGGAGCCGUUAAGGGUCUGAAGCUGAACGGACAGCCACCUGAUGAGAACUGUGAAAUUUGUUUGCUCUCAAAGUUUACCCGUUUCCCCUUCCAUAGUGUCGCUGGCAGGAGCAAGAAGCCUUUGGAGCUGGUCCACAUGGACUUGGUGGGGCCGCUGCUGGUGCAAGGGCACAAGGGGGAGCGGUACUUUCUUACGAUUGUGGAUGACUGGAGCAGACUUAUGUGGGCGUAUCCGCUGAAGCAGAAGGACCACGCCGCCUCCACGAUACGGGAUGAUUGCCUGCAAUUUGUGGAAAAGCAGGCAGAGUGUGUAGUGAAGCGGAUUAGGACAGACCGGGGUGGUGAGUUCCUUGGAGCUGAAAUGACAGCCUGGCUCAAGAAGCAGGGCAUCCAGAGGGAGCUGACCACGGCUUACACCCCACAGUCCAACGGUGUAGCAGAACGGGCGAACCGGACUAUUCUAGAGACAGCUAGGGCGCUGCUCAUAGAAUCUGGGCUUGGCAACUCCAUGUGGCCCCACGCUAGGUGGCUUGGGAGGAAGCCGCCGGUGGACAUGCUGAGGGUGUUUGGCUGCAUGGCAGUCGCCCACGUCCCCAAGACCUACCGCAGUAAGUUGGGGGCAAGUGCAAUCUGGUGUGUGCAUUUGGGGCUGGCUGCUGAGAGCAAGGGAUGGCUGCUGUGGGAACCAUCCAAGGGUGUGUUGUUUGACAGCAGGGAUGUGAAAUUCAUUGAGGGCAUGAUGUAUGGGAGCUGGGAGAAACAGCCGGAGGCAAGGGUGUCCCAGCAGAUGGAGCAGAUCACCAUGCAGCUGGACCUGACUCCUAGUGUGUGGGAGGAGGGAGAGGAGGCAGCUGCGGGGGGUGGUGAUGGAGAGAAGGUACAGGAGGCACCUGCUGAUGGAGGAGAGGUUAGUGAUAGCACUGGUGAAGCUGCUGGAUCUGAAAGAGGAGAGCAGCAGCAGAGCAAAGGUAAGGUGCCUAAGCUACCGCAAAGGAGGAAGCCGAAGGGUGUCGUUAUGAAGGGGUGGGAAACACCCGUCUCUAGGCCAGGGCGCACCCGCAUGGCAACAAUGAAGCUGACUGCAGGAUCUGACGUAGCAGAGCAGCAGCUUGGGAAUGAGGAGGCAAUGCUGAUUUUACCUCAUGGCUAUGACCCGGAUGAGGAGGAUGAGCCUGCAUACUGUUUUCUUGCCCCUGCACCAGAGGAACCAGCUAGCAUGGAGGAGGCAUUAGCUGGACCAGAUAGAGACAAGUGGCUGGCUUCUAGGGAUGCAGAGUACUACAGCCUGCUAGAGAAUGGAACAUGGGAUCUGGUGGUGCUGCUGGAGGGGAAGAAAGCAGUGCAAUGCAAGUGGGUGCUGAGGAUCAAGACCGAUGACAAGGGGCAAGUCACCAUCUACAAGAGUAGGCUGGUGGCUAAGGGGUUUAUGCAGAAGGAGAAGCAGGACUUCAAUGGCAUCUUUGCUCCCACUGCCAAACCCCCUACCCUCCGUGUCUUGUUGGCAGAUGCAGCCGUUAGUGGAAAAUUCAUCAUUCAGAUGGAUAUAUCAACGGCAUUCCUCAAUGGGAUUUUAGAGGAGGAUGUGUAUAUGACGCAGCCGCCUGGGUAUGAGGAUGGUACGGGCAGGGUGUGCAAGCUGAAAAAGUCAAUCUACGGCUUGAAGCAGGCGCCACGCUGCUGGUACCAGAAGUUGGCAGCUGUUUUAGAGGAGAUGGGAUUCAGGACCAGUAGCUGUGAUGAGAGUCUCUUUCUCAAGGGGGAGGGGGAGAAGCUGGUGCUGUUUCUGGUCUACGUGGACGACAUUCUUCUCUUCAGUAGCAGCAUGAAGGAGAUCCAGAAAGUGCAGCAGCAGCUGAUGGAAAACUUCAAGUGCAAGAACCUUGGGGAGGUAAAGUACUACCUUGGGAUGCAUGUGGAGAGGGAUCUGGAUCAUACGUGGUUGAAGCUGCACCAGGAGAAGUUUAUCAAGGAGCUGGGGGAGAAGUAUGGGAUUGAGAAUGAGCGCAAGGUUGCAACUCCCCUGCCAGCAGAAUUUAAGCUUGUGAAGGCUACAGAGGAUGAAGGGGUUGAAGCCGAGGAGCAGCAGCAAUUCCAGUCCUUGGUGGGCAGCCUCUUGUAUGCAGCAGUUCACACGAGGCCCGACAUCUCUUUCUCGGUUGGGCAGCUGGCUAGGGUGGUGCAGAAUCCAUCUGAGGAGCAGGUGGAUGCAGCUAGGCGUGUGGUGAAGUAUUUGAACUCUCACCCAAGCAUUGGAGUCCAAUACUCCGCAUCUGCACAGGUGAAGCAGAAAGGGGUUGAGGUGCUGAAGGAGAAGGGGGAGAGGCUUGGAGAAGGCAAGCUCUUUCUCACCUGCUUUACUGAUGCUACUUGGGCUUCUGAGAAGGAAGAUUCUUCAUCUGUGGGAGGAUACAUCUGCGUAGUUGGGGGAGGACCUGUUAGUUGGAGGUCCAAGAAGCAGACGGAGACGGCACUCUCCUCUGUUGAGUCAGAGUACAUGGCAAUGUUCCAUGGGGUGAAGGAGGUGAUUUGGCUGAGGAGGCUGUUAGAGGAGAUUGGUCAGGAGCAGAAAGUUGCUACGCCGCUGUUUUGUGACAGCAAGGGGGCUCUUGGGAUGGCCAGGAACGCUGUGCUUCAUGGGCUGAACAAGCACAUGCGUAUCAAGUAG